CGUCUCUCGCAAUGGACAGAUGUGCUUAUGAUUAUGUUAAUGUUAAUUGUGAUGGUGAACAAAAUGAUUCGAAAAAGUGGAGACCACUGGUUCGGCAGAUUUUUAUCUGCAGUGGCUUGUGGACGAUGUAUUUUACACCAGGGUUGUUUUUGGGCGUACCUCCGGUAUACAUAGCACAGUCAAGGAAGAUUUCAAACUCAACCGAAGCUCUCAGCGCCGAAAUGGCAUCUUGGAUAUCGUCCGUAUUUGGCUACGCGGCAAUACCUUGGGUACUCAUCUUACCAUUAAUAACACAGAGAUUCGGAAGAAAAAUCUCCUUUUACUUCGUAACGAUCAGCUCAAUCGCUAGCCACAGCCUUCUGUACUGCAGCACUACGUUGACUGCAUUUUUCAUAAGUGAAAUAGUAACAAGCAUUACUUUUGUCUCACACACAACUCUGCUGAUGCAAGUAAUUGCAGAGUACACAUCACCUCGCUAUAGAGGAGUGUUCUUGACGUUGAAAGGCGCUAGUAUGUAUUGGGGAAUAUGGAUCGGGAAUAUAAUAGGAACCUUUUAUCACUGGAAGUAUGUUGGUUUGAUUGGAAUUGUGUGUUCUGUUUAUUGCUGUACAGCUAUAUUUUGGCCGGAAUCGCCUUAUUGGUUGGCAUCGAAACGAAGAUACCAAGAAAGUACAGAAGCCCACUACUGGUUGAAAGGUUACAGUACAGAAUCCAGAAAGGAGCUUGAAAUGCUUAUUAGUAAUCAAAAAAGCUAUAAUGAGAAAACCUUGACAAAAAAGACGAUUAAAUCCAAUAAAGGGUUUAGUAAAUCGCGAUCAGUAAUAUUUACCGAUGAAUUUUAUAAGCCAAUUCUAUUAACGUUGACGUUAUAUUUACUGUAUUAUUGUUCCGGAAAGCUGGUGUGCAACAUGUAUGUUUUAGAAAUAAUUACAGAAUUGACUGCAAGUGAAUCUGCUGCUUACCUAACGAUGUUGGUGCUCGACGGAGUUACUGUAUUUGGCAUGUAUAUCGGAUGCUUGCUCUCUAGAAUCGUAAAAAGAAGAACUCUUUUAUUUACCUGUGCGUCAAAUGGUGUCUUAUUUUUGUAUACUGUGUCACUGUACCUCUACUUAAUAAAACACGAAAUUCUAGAGAAAAACAAUAUAGUUAUAAUUUCACUGUUAACUGGAUUUUCAAUAUUUAUUACUAUUGGACCGAUGUUAUUACUCUCUACUAUUUGUGCAGAAAUAGUACCGCAAAAUUAUAACCAAUUGGCAUGUUGUAUGGUAGGAUUGAUUGAUAAAAUAAUAUUUAGUAUUGUUUUAAAAUUGUCUCCAUCGCUUUUUAGAGCACUGGGAAUACACGGCAGUUUUUUAUUCUAUGGUGUAACUUCAAAUAUUUUCAUUCUGAUAUUAUAUAAACAUCUUCCAGAAACUAAAGAAAAAACGCUUCAAGAAAUCGCCAACUCUUUCAAAAAUAAAUGGUCUAAUCAAAGCGAAUGA